UCUUUUACAUAAACCUCCUUUUUCAUUACACACACUCCUUCACAUUAUCUUCACACCUCUCUCUCUAUUCUUAUCUUAUCAAGUUUCUUGAAUUCAAGAAACUUGAACACACACAAAUAAGAGUCUGUGUGUGUAGGUGUGUGUCUGCGUGUGUGAAAAUGGAAGGUGUAAUUCAAACAAAAGCCACCCUUUUAUCCCUUCCUUCAAACCCACAAACCAAAAUCUUCCUCAACAAAUUUUUACACCAAAAAAAACCAUCUUUAUCUUUAAUAAAUACACAAAAAAGAUUCAAUCUUUUUCCAAAUCCCUUAAAUUCAGCCAAAUCCACAUCUGGGUUUUGUACAAAUCUUAAUGGGCAUUCAAAAUUUCAAAGCUUUUUUAAAAACCCAGAAUUUUUCAGCUCAAAAAACCCCAGAAAUUUCCAUGUCUGUCAAGCUUCUGCCGCCGCAGCCGGCGGCGGCGGCGGUGAGUUGGAGGCUGAAAGUCCUAAGAUAAUGGGUAUUGAAGUUUUGACAUUAAAAAAGAUUGUGCCAUUAGGAUUAAUGUUUUUUUGUAUUUUGUUUAAUUAUACAAUACUUAGAGAUACAAAAGAUGUAUUAGUUGUAACAGCAAAAGGAUCAAGUGCUGAAAUUAUACCAUUUUUGAAAACAUGGGUGAAUUUGCCAAUGGCAAUUGGAUUCAUGGUUUUAUAUACAAAGUUGUCAAAUGUAUUAUCAAAGAAGGCACUUUUUUAUACUGUAAUUCUUCCAUUUAUUGCGUUUUUCGGCGCUUUUGGAUUCGUUUUGUAUCCACUUAGCAAUUAUUUUCACCCAACUGCACUUGCUGAUAAGCUUCUUGGUGUUUUGGGACCUCGGUUUCUUGGACCGCUUGCUAUUAUGAGGAUUUGGAGUUUUUGUUUGUUUUAUGUUAUGGCUGAGCUUUGGGGGAGUGUCGUUGUUUCGGUUUUGUUUUGGGGGUUUGCAAAUCAGAUUACAACCGUGGAAGAAGCCAAAAAGUUCUAUCCUCUAUUUGGUCUCGGAGCCAAUGUUGCAUUGAUUUUCUCGGGCCGUACUGUGAAGUACUUCUCGAAUAUGAGAAAACAUUUGGGUCCUGGAGUCGAUGGAUGGGCUAUUUCUUUAAAAUACAUGAUGAGUAUUGUCGUAUUAAUGGGGGUUGCCAUUUGCGGUCUUUAUUGGUGGGUCAAUACAUAUGUUCCUCUUCCUACCCGAAGCAGCAAGAAGAAGGAGAAGCCAAACAUGACUACAAUGGAGAGUUUGAAAUUUUUGGCAUCAUCACCAUACAUCAGGGAUUUAGCUACAUUGGUUGUAGCCUAUGGAAUAAGCAUCAAUCUUGUGGAAGUUACAUGGAAAUCUAAGCUCAAGGCUCAGUUUCCUAGUCCGAAUGAGUAUUCUUCCUUCAUGGGUGACUUUUCGACGGCAACUGGAAUAGCAACAUUCACAAUGAUGCUGUUAAGUCAAUGGAUAUUCAACAAGUAUGGAUGGGGGGUUGCCGCCAAAAUUACACCCACUGUUCUGCUUCUAACUGGUGUUGGGUUCUUCUCGUUGAUCUUGUUCGGUGAUCCCCUGGGACCAGGUCUCAUGAAAUUCGGGAUCACUCCCCUUUUAGCAGCGGUUUAUGUUGGUGCAAUGCAAAAUAUAUUCAGUAAAAGUGCAAAAUACAGUUUGUUCGAUCCUUGCAAGGAAAUGGCUUAUAUUCCAUUGGAUGAAGACACCAAGGUUAAAGGUAAGGCGGCCAUAGAUGUUGUGUGCAACCCGUUGGGCAAAUCAGGAGGAGCUCUGAUUCAACAAUUCAUGAUCUUAACAUUCGGUUCACUUGCUAACUCAACACCGUACCUUGGUGGAAUACUUCUAGUGAUUGUGCUCGCAUGGUUAGGUGCCGCCAAGUCAUUAGACACACAAUUUACGGCACUGAGACAAGAAGAAGAGUUGGAGAAGGAGAUGGAAAGAGCUGCAGUCAAAAUCCCGAUUGUUUCCUCAAAUGUGGACACAAACGGGUCAUUGGGCAGUGAUUCAAACAGCAACAGUUCGACAGAAAGCUCGUUUCCUAGGAAUGCUUGAAUUUGAGAAUCGUGGUUUUAUAGGAUAUAGCGUUUAAUACAGGUUAAGAUUGAAACUAAGAUGUUUUACAAGCUCGUAUGCUGUUUUGUGUAGGAUAAUAAUGAGAGGAAAGGCAGGAAUGCUGUCUACUUUUAAGUCUUUAAGGUUUAUGGAAAUGAAGAUUUUCUAUUUGUUGUAAUUUGUUGUUUUCUUCGAAGGGUAAACAGAGGAAUUGUAUGCAGUAAUUCUUUUAGUUGAGCUUGAUUUAAGAAUCAAUUCUUCAACAUCUUUUUGGACA